AGUGACAGUUCGUGAGAUAAAAAAUGGCGAUAUUUUUUCUUAUUGGUACUGAUGGGAAAAAAACUGUCACCUGAAACCACUUUUUGCUCUAUUAACGCGCCACACCUUGACAAUUUGGUGUUUUAUUGUUGUUUUAUAAAUAAAUAUAAUAAUUAGUCAGAUUUUUAAAUACAAUGGCAUCAGUGACGGAAACUCUUACGUUAAAAAAUGAUGUAGAUCGUGCAAUAGAAUUAUUGGAUAAACUUCAAAAAAGUGGUGAAGUGCCAAGCACAAAAUUAGCAGCUUUACAAAAAGUACUACAGAGCGAUUUUCUAAAUGCUGUGAGAGAGGUUUAUGAGCAUGUUUAUGAAACUGUUGAUAUUCAGGGAUCGCAAGAUGUGAGAGCAUCAGCAACAGCAAAAGCGACGGUAGCAGCAUUUGCAGCAAGUGAAGGACAUGCUCACCCACGUGUUGUAGAAUUACCAAAGACUGAAGAAGGUCUUGGUUUCAAUGUUAUGGGCGGUAAAGAACAAAAUUCACCAAUUUAUAUAUCAAGAAUUAUUCCUGGUGGUGUUGCUGACAGGCAUGGUGGAUUAAAACGUGGAGAUCAAUUACUUUCUGUCAAUGGCGUUUGUGUUGAAGGUGAAAAUCACGAAAAAGCUGUUGAAUUACUAAAACAAGCUCAAAAUUCGGUUAAGCUAGUAGUUCGUUAUACUCCACGAGUUUUAGAAGAAAUGGAAUUGAGAUUUGAUAAACAGCGAGCUGCUCGCAAUAGACGUCAACAUGUGCAAUAAAUAUUAUUUUUAAAUCAUCUUUUACUAUCUCUAUUCUUCAUCUAUAUUUAUAAUUCAUUUUUAUUAAUUUUAUUAUAUAUAUAUAUAUCUGCAUUUAUUAUUACACAUUUUUCCAUUUCAUUCGCACUAUUUAUUAUUUAGGAUAUAAUAUAUAAAAAAAUAUUAUAGUGUUAUUAAUAUCAAUGUAUUAUGUGUGAUCAAAAUAAAUAUUAGUCAAUAAAACAAAGUUUAAAUAAUGUCUUGAAUAAAAAAGUAAUCAAUUAAAUCGUUUACCUUUGAUAUUUAUCAUCAUGCAGUUUAUCAAUUGCGCAUACAAUUUUUCACCAGAUCUGUACCUGAAAGUUUAAAAUUUUACCUCUAAAAGUUUGCGGGAAGAAUGACACAUGUACUAAUUUUAAUCGUUUGUUUUUUCAUGAAAGGAAAGAACGACUUUCUACCCUCUUAACGGGACAGGAAUUUAAACUUUCGGUGCAAUUAUGGUAAAAAGUAUAAUUAUAUACUACAAAAUAACCCCGAAUCCCGAUCAAUAUGAUUAAGACAUUAAAAUUUAUUUAUUACCAAGACAUAAGAUGUAAAUUUAUUUGUAAAAAAUGAAAUUUUUUAUUUAUGAUCGCACUAAAUGUGUU